GUUUUUACUUAGGACAGUGUUCUGCUGAAAAGUAUUGCUCCGCUUCACUUUGAUGUAAACAGACUUGAUUUUUGCUCCAAGAAAUAAUUUAUUCUUUCUUAAGUUUCAGUUCUGUUCCAGAUAGAAGAAAAGAAAAGCCCUUCAAAAUGUGCGACAGAAGGAAACUGCUUCUUGCUGCAAUUGUUUUCUACUAUGAAGUGACUCUGGGGAGCGCAAAACUGCUGGACAUGGCCCCAGAUUCUGUAGAUUACAUGUACAAUGGAUGUCAAAAAGAGGCCAUGGAGAAGUUAAUUCAUUCAGGCCUCUUAAAACAAGAGCUAAACGACAAUGAGGGAUUCCAGAAAGCUUGGGAUGUAAAUGCUACUUGUUCAAAGCUGAUCCCUGGAGGGACCAAAGAGCAUAAGGCUGCACUGUUGGCAUACGCUGAUGGGGCUGAAGAGUUUACAGAGACUUUUGACAAUGCAGUCGAGACAAUGGGCAAUAUAAGCGCCUAUGAAAACCACUUCCAUUUCAAGUCGCUUCAUUUCCUGCUCAUGGAUUCCAUGUUGCUGAUGAGUACAAAGAAGUGCAAGACUCUGCAUGUUCUCCAAGAAAAAGAAUACACAGCACAAAAGGGCUCAACCGUGAGAUUUGGAAAAUUCAUCAAAGUUCACACAAGCUACAGUGUGCUACAGAAAAUGGAAGAUUGGGAUGGGCAUGUCAUCUUUAAUAUCACUUCUUGCUUCUUUGUUCACCUGGGAGAUGACAUUUGCAGCCCAGACCAGGGUAUGGCCCUCUUAUCUCCAUCUGAAGUGUUCACUGUGGAGGCAGUCAAUAAAAUAGCUGCUGAUGACUCUGAAUUCACUGAGAUCCUUUUGAAACACUUGGAACUGGACAGCUCGCACAACUGUUACAGUGUGUCAGGGUCCCCAGCUGAUGUCUCCACUCAGUGGCUUGUGUUGAUGCUUGUGGCUCUAGCUCAUUUCCCCUUCAACUAUUGAGAACAAAUGAAAAACAAUUACCUGCGCAGAUUGCACUGAGAGUUCCACAAAAGGUUGUUUUUUCUUUUGUACAGUCGAACAAUAAAGAUCAGUUUUUCUUCUAUGCUGCCAAAUAAGGUGCAACACACUUUUGAAGCCCGCCGAAAACACGUUUUUUUUUUAAUGUCUUCAAAGACAUUUGCUUUAUGCUUAUCAGCAGAUACUGUAUAUACUCUAAACUGGUAUCAAUAUUUCAAUUUCAUAUAAAAAAUUGUUUUUAUAGUUUGAGGGAAACAAACAUGAUGGAAACUUGGUAUUUGUCUUUAAUACAUGUUAAAUAAAUGAAUGGUUGUUUCUUUUCAUGAUAAUUAAAAGAGUCAAAACCAUGAUGAAGAUUGAUAUUAAAUUCAGACACAACCCUCAUGUUCCACCAUUUUACCUUCAUCCAAGUUACAGCAUAUUGAUUGACAAUAUUGUGGUGCAAAGUGGCAUCAGUAGAAGUAGGCACACAAAUAAAAACGUAUAUUGUCGAGCAAAGAAUGGACUGUUUAAUCUGUAAAUACUAGCAAACAUAUAUUUUACUUGUGUUUUCAAGUUCAGUGAAUUUAACGUUAACAUUUUUAAAGUUAAUCUAUAUAUUAAUACAACAAUUAAACAUUAAUUCACCACAA